AUGAAAUUGAUUUAUGAUAUCGAAUUUCCUUCGAAUGUUUUGUAUUCAUUCAAUUAUUAUUUCGAUAAGAAUUAUGAUUCCAAAAUUACAGAAUAUAUUUAUGGAACGAAUUAUAAUGAACACAUUGAACGAAGUAUCAAUCUUCCAUCAAGUCUGACAUCAAGUGAUCACAAACUUCAUUACUUCUUCAAUGCCACAGGCUUAACUACAGAAACAUUUGAAAAUUCAUUCUCUCUUCUUUAUCACAAACCAGUCAUUAAUCUAUUGACUUCAUAUGACAACAACAAUCCUCCUAUUUACAAUCGUUAUGUCAAUGAUAGUUUAUCUAUCGAAUACGAAAUUGAAGAUGAAGAUCUUAAUGACAAUGUCACAAGCAUUGUAAAUAUUGAAACACAUCUUAACUUAUCUUUCUCUAAAAUUGCUCCAUAUCGAGAAACAGUUAAUAUUAAUCUCGAAGAAUAUGAUUUGCGUGAAGGAAAUAUAUGGAUCACUAUUUCAGCAGUUGAUGAACAAAAUUGUUCUGCAUCAGAUAAAAAAUAUUUUUCUUUCAUCUACAAAUACGAUAAACCAGAGAUUGAAUUUCAACCAGAAAACAACAUCUCACGAAUUGAUGAUUUUAUUCGAGUUCCUGUCAUCGUUCGAGAUUAUCGUCAUGGAUUAUUGACGAUUCAUGCAAACAUUACUAAUUCUAUCUACAGCAACACGAAGACUAAAGAAUUUUAUAUUGAUGAUGACACAUUCCGAACUGUGAACAUCGAUCUUCCAAUCAAUCGAUUAUAUGGUGGCAAUUACACCAUUUCGAUUUGUGCAACAAAUGAACAUCAUGAAUAUUCGACAACUAUCACAAGUUCAUUUAAUCUCGAUAAUAUUCCUACAUUCCAGAAACAUAAUAAACUUAACAAACUGAAACAUCCUCGCAAACUCAUUUCAUUAUUUUAUAUUCUUAUUUCAAAGAAAUAA